AAUGAGUUGGCCACAACUGGUUGGUCUCUAAAAGCAAUUUACAGAUUCAAAAACUCUCAAGUGCGUCAGAAAUUCCAUCGCUCAACGGAAUGUGGUUAUUCAGAAGAAAAGGGCCCUCCGGGUUUUCGUCUUCUUCCACCGCCGAGGAAGUUACAAACGGAAUCGAUGGCACAGGACUCACCGCCAUUGUUACAGGAGCGUCGAGUGGUAUUGGCUCUGAAACUGCGCGUGUUCUUGCAUUACGCGGAGUCCAUGUUGUUAUGGGUAUUAGGAACUUAGAAGCUGGUAGAAAUGUAAGAGAAACCAUCAUCAAGGAGAACCCCUCUGCAAAAAUUGAUGCCAUGGAGUUGGAUCUUAGCUCCAUGGCUUCUGUGAGAAAAUUUGCCUCAAAUUAUCAGUCAGCUGGGUUUCCACUUAAUAUCCUCAUUAAUAAUGCAGGAGUCAUGGCUGCCCCUUUUGAACUUUCAAAAGAUAACAUAGAACUGCAAUUUGCAACAAAUCAUUUAGGUCAUUUCCUCUUGACAGAUCUACUGUUGGAUAGUAUGAAGAAAACUGCCAUUAAAAGUAAAAAAGAAGGAAGAAUUGUUAACGUCUCCUCAGAAGCUCACCGUUAUACAUAUCCUGAAGGCAUCCGAUUUGACGGAAUUAACGACGAAUCAAGGUACAAAAAAAUGCUAGCUUAUGGCCAAUCAAAGUUAUGUAAUGUGCUGCAUGCCAAUGAACUUACAAGACGUUUCAAGGAAGAAGGAGUAAACAUAACUGCAAACUCACUUCACCCAGGAAUAAUUGCCACAAAUCUUUUCCGCCACUUCAAUUUUGGCAAUGGUAUUGCGAACACUGUCGGCAAACUCAUAUUUAAAAAUGUUCAACAGGGUGCAGCAACAACCUGCUAUGUAGCAUUGCAUCCACAAGUGAAGGGAGUGAGUGGUGAAUAUUUUCUGAAUAGUAACCUAAACAAGGCAAGCCAACAUGGGCAGAAUGUUGAUCUGGCUAAGAAACUUUGGGAUUUUACCACUAACUUACUCAAAUAACUCAGCUCAGUUUCCUCUAUACAUCAAGUUAGGUCGUAUUGCUGUGUGUUUUUAGAGUAUAACACCACAAAUAAGGUAAGGGGAUUCGCCCUACGAUCCUCGUAAACGAAGGUACUAUCAUCCAACUGUUCAAGUAAUUUUCAGGCUGGAGUUUGUCUGAAUCUGUGUUAUGUGUGAUAUUGCUAUAAAUUUGUUUAGAAUUACACUAUCUAUCAUAUACAUAUUAAACAUUUGGAUUA